CACACCAGUUGACCAAUCUCAGGCACUUCAGUUUCAGUCUGGAACAAGUCCUGAGGGUCUUAAUAUUUUUCCGGAAGUAAACUUGAUGACUGUUCCUGGAAGCCUUCAGAAGGAAAGAGAGAUGCUGAAGAAGGUCCAAGUUGUUGCAUCAUACGUCUUCCCUGUCAGGGUCAUCUCUGGAUUCUGGCAUGUCUCUCAAGCCUAAUGUUGGUCUGAAUGCAAAUCCUCUUGCUGAAAACCAGUUAGUAACUUCUGCAGAUGUCAACCAGGUUUCUUGCAUGAAACAACUGGAACAGCUGGCUCAGCUUUACUCAUUUUGCAUUGCAGAAAACCUGGUGCCAAAUAUAUUUUUGGAGUUUUUCUUUGUGUUGCAGCUGCUAACAGCCAAGAGAACCUCUUCUGUUGAGGACAGGGAAAGUGACCUGGAUUUCAGUGGAGAAUGCAAAGACGCAGUGCAAAAACAGCAUUUUUGCAGUAUACACAAUUGUGUUUAUUUUGCUGUUCAGGUCUUGGAUUAUCACUUUGAAAUUGUGUCUCACCUAGAGAAAGGAACACUGAAGCUCUUGGCUGAAAAUGAUAGGAUUGCAUCCUUUUCUCCUGUCUUGCAUGGAAAGCUUAUGACAGCCUAUGAAAACAGCACAGCUAAGGUUUCUCUGUUGCUACCUUCAUGCGUACAGUCAGUUUCCUUCCAGCCAGAAACUGACAAUCGGUCUAACUUUUGCACUGAUAAAGCAUUUCACAUAUUUAAGAAGCAAAGAGAUAUUUUCUAUGAGUUGUUGCGAGAAUGGGAAGAUAACUAUGAAAAACCAGGCUGGGAUUUUGAGAAGCGUCUGGGAGAAAGAAUCAGGGUUAUGAUGGCUCAUCUUUCUGCAGCUUGUAACUAUAGCCACUUUGCCAGGCUGUUCCUGAAGCAACUUCUUCAGAUAUGUAAAGGUCCAGUUGGUGGUGGCACAAGUUGGGGAGACACUCCAGAUCAAGAUGUCCUUAACAUGUUGGGACCAGAUAAUCUGAGCCGGUUGAAGAGGUUGCAAGAGAGGUUUCUUGUUCCUCACAACAUCAGUGGGCCUUGCCCACCUCCUUCCUUCUCUGGAUGCCAGCAGUUCUUCAGAGACUUCAUCCUCAGUGCAGGAAGCUACCAAUUCAAUCAGCAUUUGAUGGACAGUCUGUGCCUGCAGAUACUUGAACUGGAUGGUCUUGCUUUGGUGGAACAUGAACCUAGUGAUAGAGAAGCAAUGGGCGAGCAGGAUGAAAAGAAGCACUUUGCUUCUAUCCUUAUGAGCCUCAGACUGCUGGCAAAGUUUUUUGGAUUCCUUGUCUUCCUGCCUUAUCGCACAUCAGAGCCAGUGACUGGAGAUCAGCUAGAAUCUGCAGUGGUGUUAAGAAACCAAACACAUCCUGUGCUGGAUAUAUUGAAGCUGCUCAGCCAAUCCAUUCAGAAAAGGUGCACAGUCCUGACCAUACCCUGGGUUGUUGAGUUCCUUUCCCUUAUGGAUUACAUUGCUCCAUUUCUUGACUACUACGGGAAGAUAUUUGCUCUCCUCUUGAAACUGUACAGAUGUAUGCUACUUUCUGAAGAUAAAGAGAUGUGUUUCCUGAAUAAACUACUGAUCCUUGCAGUCUUGGGAUGGCUUUUUCAAGUGCCUACUGUUCCAGAGAACUUGUUCUUUUCUGGUGAAGUGAAAACUGAAGAAUUGAUAACAGAAUCUGGAACAAAAAUUCAAGCUCUGGAUUCUGUGCCUUUGGUGGAUCAGCAGUUGCUUUAUACCUGUUGCCCUUACCUUGGUGAGUUGAGGAAAUUGCUGUCAUCUUUUGUGUUGGGAAGUGGAGGAAAGAAUGGUGGCUAUAUAAGAAAAAUAACCCCAACUGCUGCAGAGGCUUUAGCACCAAAGACCUCCAUCACUCAGCAGAAACUUCAGGCAGAGCUGGAGCAAGCCUUCUUCCACAAUCAGUCCCCAUCUCUACGGAGAACAGUAGAAUUUGUGGCAGAGAGAAUAGGAUCAAAUUGUGUCAAGCACAUCAAGGCAACGCUGGUAGCAGAGCUAGUGAAAAAAGCAGAGGUCAUAUUACAAGAUAAUGUGAAGGCAGAGGAUGCUAAUUAUGACAGACUGCUGGAUGAAGUGUGCUCCCAGCUGUAUGAAGAAGGGGCACAAGCUUUGAUUCAAGGCAAAGAGUUUUGCAGGAAGAAAGGCCCGGAGGCUGUGAAAAUCUUGCUGCCAGAAGAGACAUCUGCAGCAGUUUUGAGCUGUGCAGCUAAUAUUGCAGUAGGACUAGCUACAGAGAAGGCUUGUGCUUGGCUCUCUAUGAAUAUUACAGCUUUGAUUAAGAGGGAAGUAAAGGCCACCUUCAGUCGCAUGUUGAAAUUUCAGGCAGUCUCCCUGCCCAGUACCAUUGAAGCUAUACAGAAGAAGAAAGGUUGCCCUCCAAAUUGCUCCCACCAGACUCCAUUCCCUUCCCAGAUCAUUAGUGAAAUCAAGGAUGUGCUCUGCAUUGCUGUGGGCCCAAGGGAUGAAGAUGAAGAAAUCCAGUUUGUUGAGCUGGAAAGUUUGUUGGGAAGACUGAGUCAAACACUUCGGUGUAGAAAGUUCAUAUGCCCAACAUCAGAGCAGCAGCUGGCUAAGUGCACAGUUGAGAUGGCUUCCCUCCUAGUUUCAGGUCAUGUUCCUAUCCGGGGACUGAACUUUCAGGUGUCCCAAAAGCAGGAACAGCAGCAAGCAAAGAACCACCUUACAUCUAACCUUCUAAAAUCCCUGUUCUCCAUUUGGAAAGAAGACUUCCAGACACCCGUACCAUUACAGCUGAUCUUCAGUGGGAAGAAUGUUUCCUACCUUGCAGACAGCAAACAGCACAAGUGGGACUUAUUCUUGUUCGUGCUUCAUGGGCUUGUUGAAAAUGGCUUAAUGACAGAAAAAGAGAUACAGAGCAAUUUGCACAAACUUUUGGAACUCUCUUGGCCUUUAGAUUUCUCAAAGGAGCUAGAAUCUUUAUCAAAAAUAUUCAUAUCUGAGAAUUACAUUGCAGAACCAAAGACUCUGGCCUACGAAUUGGUGGGUCAGUCUAGAGGGACAGUGGCGGCACAAAGUUAGCCGAAGCACAAUACUUAAACUGUGAAGUUGUUUGUGAAUGCCCUGCCUGUGGUUGUAUUCAGGCAAUAUAGUUGGAGCACCAGCUGGCCGCCUUCAAAUGAUGCCCAAACUUAAAGGCAAAAUGCACACUUUUCCAUGAAGAAAUGCUUUAAGCACCUUAAUAGGAAAUAGGAAUUGCAGGGACAAAUCUGUUUCUGCAUGAAAGCAUGUGGAUUUUACACCUAAAGGGAGAGGAGAUGGACUGUAAUCUGCACAAACAUGUAAAAGGUGGAGGGGUAGAUGCUAGCUAAGUAUGAGGAUUCUUGUUUAAAGAGAAUUUUGUUGUUCCAGUAGUAAGUCCAUAUGUGGCCUUAAGAAGAAACUGGGGGACUUGUAUUUAGUUUAUUAAAGGCUUGUAUUUGAUCAUCUAAAAAUUAAGUCUUUUUAAAAGGUCAAAUCAUGUCUUAGAAUAUAAUCACUGCUCAGAUAUCAAGCACUGGCUUUGGACUUUAAAAAGAAAAUAUUGUUUGCCUUUUACAAAAAAAACCCCUGCCUUUUGUAUUUGUUUCUGUAAUAACUAGAGACCCUUAAAUUAUAUUGAGAAAACAGUACUAGGUGAUGAUAGAGUCCUUAAAUAUGGAAGAAUGUAUUGAAAGAGUCUGAAAUUAUUUUUUUCUGGAACUAUAACAUCUAUAUUUCAGUUAAGUCAGCCUUUUUCUGGAUGUGGUUUAGAAUUGUAUAUACUUUUCUGUAAAAAGUAAUAUGGUCAAGGUCUCAUGAAACAUCUGUUUGGCACAAGGUUUUGUAUGAACUGUCCUCCUCUCCCCUACCUUUCUUUCUUGCAAUACAGAAACAUAAUUUUAUUUAGAAAACCUGAUUGACUGUGGUUAUAGACAUAUAUCGAAUAGACUGAACUUGUUCAUACCUGCCACAGUUGGCCCUCCAUAUCAAUGAAUUCAGCCAUCCACAGCUUCAAAAUACAUUUUUAAUCAAUUCCAAAAAGCAAACCUUGAUUUUGCCACUUUUAUAUCAGGAACACCCAUUUUAACAUUCCACUGUAUAUAAUAGCACUUAAGCACCCAUGCAUUUUAGAGUCUUGGAACCAAAUCCCAGCAGAUACUAAGGAGACACUGUAAUAAUUUUGUCUAUACAUAUGAAGGAAUACAUAAAUUCAAACUAGACAAUGAAGAAAUUGUAGUAGUUAAAAGAGUUCCUGUACCUGGGUUCAAACGCUGAUCGGAAUGGUGACUGUAGUCAAGAAAUAAGAAGACUUGGAAUGGGAAGGGCAGCUAUGAAAGAACUAGACAAGAUCCUAAAGAUGAAUGACAUACAUACAACUGAGCACUAAAAUCAGAAUCGUCCAAGCCAUAAUAUUCUCCAUUGUCAUGUACGGGAUGUGAGAGCUGGACAGUGAAAAAAACAGACAAGAAGAAAAUCCGCUCAUUUGAGAAGUGGUGCUGGAGAAGAUUGCUGAUGAUAGUAUGGACAGCCAAAAAGUUGAACAAAUGAGUCCCUGGAACAAAUUAAGCCUGAACUCUCAUUGGAAGCCAAGAUGAUAAAACUCAGGCUGUCAUGCUUUGGCCACAUCAUGAGAGAAGGCAUGACUCGCUAGAAGAUAAUAAUGCCAGGAAAGAUGGAGGGCAGUAGAGGAAGACCGCAUAUCAGGUGGCUAGAUUCAAUUAGGGAAAUCAUGGGCAUGAAUCUGCAGGACCUGAGCAGACCAGUUGGCGACACUGGGGUCUUGGAGAUAUCUCACCUUCAGGGUAUGUAAGUGUGCCAAAAUAAAUUUCAUGAAUGGGAUGGCGAGGUGAGUUGAAUCCCAUUUUGGGAGCAAGGUGGGAUAUAAAGCCAAUAAUUAAAAAUAUAUUAGUGAUUUUGACUUAAGGAGUUUGAUGAAACAUUUAUAAAAAAAUCUACUUGGCCUCUAGUUAUUUUCUACAUUUGGCAUGAAUCUCCUCAUUGAAAGAAUUCUGUGUGGGUUACUUGGGUAGAGGAUGGACCCCAGGUGUUUUUCUUAGAAAAUGCAAGUUCUGAGAGACCUGAAACAGUAACACAGAAUGGCUGGAAUCUUAUUGUUACUUCAAAUCAGAGUAGACCUAUUGAAUCAAUUGUUCACUAGUUGAAUUCCAUUGAGUCUCUACUAGUUGGGUAUAAUAAUAUUGAGGGUAGUGUUUGCAGUCAAGUGAAGAAAUGUGGCCAACAAAGAAACAAUUAACAAUGGCUUGACAUGUAACUAUUCAAAGCAAACAGACAAACAAAA